GAGAACGGGACAGGGUGGCUGCAGAGAGGACUCGCCCCCCAGUGCUUCCAUCCUGGCUGGGACGUGGUGGUGAGGGGCUGGGCCUGCACCCCUCCCUGCCACUCAGGGAACAGCUUCACUGCAGGAUCCGGGGCUGCAGUUCAUCAGCUCGUGUCCAGCCCUGAGGCCAGGGAGAGCCACCCUGCCAGAUGCUGGGAGCCCAUCGCCCACACUGCAGCACUGCCCUGCUCUCAGCUGUCCUGCUCCUGCACGUUCAGGCUGCAGUGACCGUGAGGUUCCAGGUCCUUGUUCCCACCAGCCCCCUCUCCGCCCCACUGGGGGGUACCGUGCUGCUGACCUGCCACCUCUCCCCAGCGCUCAGCACCCAGGCCAUGCAGGUGAAAUGGAGCCGGCCCCAGCAAGGCCAGGACAUCCAUGUGUACCUGCAGGACGGGAGUGAGGUGCAGGGUGAGAGGUACUGGGGCAGGAUGGAGCUUCUGCGGGACGGGAUCCAGAGUGGCAGCCUGGCCCUGCAGAUCUGGAACCUCACCCUGCGGGACGAAGGGUGCUACCUCUGUGACUUCCAGUCCAACAGCACCGUUGGCAAUGCCACACUGGAGCUCCGUGUGACGAGCGCCGGCUCAGACCCCCUCCUCCACGUGGGUGGAUACGACGGCAAGCAGAUGAAUGUGAUGUGUCUUUCUGUGGGGUGGUACCCAAAGCUGAAGGUGCUCUGGAGAAACGGCCGCAGGGAGAGACUGACCCCAUCUAAGGAGGAAAAAAUCUCGAGAAACCGGGGCCUCUUUGAUGUCUCCAGCUCCGUGGUAGUGACUGAGCACUCAGACCCAACGCUGAUCUGCACCAUCAGACCCGGCUCACCUGGCCCGGAGAAAGUCUCUGCCAUUCUUAUCUCCAAUGAGUUUUUCCCCCCAGUCUCCUCUUGGAAGGUUGGCCUCUUCUUGUUCCUGUCGGUUUGUGUUUGCCUCCUCUUCUUGCCUGCCUGAUACUUAUGGAGGGUUCAAAGAGCAAAAAGGAAAUCCUCCAAUUUAACCACAAAGAAGUGAUGGAUCCUUCGAUACAGAGGAAAGGAAAUUACAGUCCUACGUGGGUAUCAAUUGUUAUAAAGCAACACACCUG